GAAGUUUGAAUUUCGCACGUUGACUUCACUUCCUGCUUCCGGUUUGUGCGUCGCCUGCUCUCUUGUGGUGGAAAACGAAAAUAGGCAAGACCAUGGGUAAAGCUGAAAUGCAGACUGCUGGAAACGUGGUGUACAUACAGAGAACAGUUCAGCAGAGGCCACAUAACCAAACAGUGGAGGCAGCUGGCCAGGACGGGACAUAAGGACAUCAAACAACCCACAGCUGGAGGGAAAAAAGAGGGAGAAGAAGAAGACUGUGAGGAGAGGAGACAAGAAAAAUGGGAGAAAAGGGGUGAAGAGGAAGAUGUCAAAGUUAGGAAAGUAGAGAAAAGAGUAGAAAAACAGGGAAUGUCCGGAUAAGUCUUUAACUUUAGUGUUGAGCUAAAUUUUUAAACUGUAUUGUUCAUUCUCACUGUCUUUUUCUAUUUCAUCUUCCUUUGUUCUUCACUGUUCUGUGGUCAGAGUGGCCAGUAAGGAGAGACACUAACUAAACACAUUUUGAAUACUCACACAUGUUUGAUCCUCUAAAAAGCACUGUUGUAGGCUUUGUAUAAUUUUUUUUUGAAAUCCAUCAGCAAGAGCUCCUUGAUUCCCAAAUCUGCAUGAGCUCACAAUUUUUACUGCACAUUAAAACAUAUCUUCAAUGAACUGUAACAACGUGUAAGCCAGAGGGUGUUUCCCCCGCUGGGUCCUUUUAUAAGAUGCAAUUCAGGAAAAAUGUUUUUCUUCUUUCGCAAGUUAAAAAAAAUGGUUGUAAUGCUUUGGGAGGGCAAGUUCUGUUACAGUCAAUGGUUUUAACAGACAUCACAGGCCUUCCAUGGCCAUGGCCAGCCUGGGUUUGGAUGAGGGUUUGCCUGUUCAGUUUCACAUACACAAACUUUAGUACUGAGUCUUUGCAGUUAGGGGGACUCAGUUGGUUUUGCUAAAUCCGUACUAAUCCCACAAAAAGCUGAAAGCCUAAAACUACACAUAUUUGAGAAAUGUGUCGUGAGAAACCUGCACCUUCGCGGUUUGAAUUGGGCUUGGUUUGUCCGUGUACUGCAUGAAUGUCUGGCUUCUUGCUCUUACAUGUCACUUAUUUAACAAAUAAGUGUGUAAAGGAGUCACCACUUAAAGCCGCUCUCAGGAACUCAUGCCGUGUGUAUAGAAUCAGCUAUUAAGCUGUCCCAGUGGAAACCAGACGUUGUAGCCCAUACAGUUCCUGUCUUGGACAGAAUUCCUGGUAUUCCCUGACAGACUUUUGGAGGCUCCUUGAGUGCCUGUGUCAUAGCUCAGUGACGUUUCUCUGCAGGGGGCCGGCGUCUGAGACCUGGCUGUGUCCCAUAGAGAUGUAUAAAAAGAAAACAUUAAAGUGUAGUCUAGAAGUUGUAUAGGUGAAUACAGUAAUAAUGGUUUGUGGUGCAAGGUCAGAGUCCUUUCGUGUGUUUCAGGUCAAGCGGUCAAGAUGGAUGCAUACAGAGCAAAAGAGUGGUCCAAGAAAUACACACGAAUUGUCUCUCCCCUUAUGUCUUAGGAUGUCCUUAUGAGACUUUUCUUACUCACUAUGCUGCUUUCACAGUCCUGAUCAUUUCCCCUUGUUUAACAGACGUUGCAUCAUCCUUUAUUGCUUUAUUCACACAUAUGUGCCUCAUAUAUCUUUGUGGUUCUCCAGACACAAACAUAAGCAUCCACACGAGCGCACACACAAUCACAAAGAAACAGAGGUACUUUAGAUAAGUUGGGAAAAUUCACAGUGCUGGUAAUUUCACACUCAUGUUCUGAACAGCUGCAGUGUCGAUCAACAAGGGUAAGAUUGGACAUGUUUUGGUUUCUGUGACUCCCUACAAGCCCAAAACAGGUAGGAAAAACACAUCCACUCUACUCCCGCCCUUUAAAUGCCUUUCACUGCAUAGCCAAGUUAGUGAACUUUCAAGGUAGUUUAUGAUAUCUAAAACACUCACAUCUCAUUUUGCACCAUAUAACAGUGGAAAGUUAAAGACCCAGACAUGUUACACUUCAUUGUCUGUUCAGAGGGUCCUUUGCCAAGAGCUGAAACACCCAGUGAGGGGAAUAUAUUACACCCAGAUGUGUGUGAAUGCCCCCAGAUCAUUAACGUUUAUGCAAAUAUUACCGUAACCUAUCCAGAUGAAGCAUCUGAGUGUGUGUCACUCUGAGGGUUUGAUCUUUGGCCAGUGGAUUUACAGUCAUGUCUGAAUAGAUUUUGUAGUUUCCCGACAUAGUAUGGUGUUAAUCUGAGUCACAAUAAAAUUGGCAUCCCUUGAGUGUGAAUCACUGAUGAAAGAGUAUUGAAUCACCACUGAAAUCAACUCCAUUAUAAAUGAAUUGUGUUCUUUAUAGAGAGAGACAAAGAAGGGAGUGAUAUGUUGUGAAUACAUUUGACAUAUUUUUGGAUUAUCAUCAGUCCAGGCUAUUGUGGUAUUUUUAAUUUAGAUUUUCAACUUUCAUUUUUUCCAUAGUCUGUCAAAGAAAAGAAAACUUCAGAGCAAGCUUUAGAAAGUGAAAACAAGAAAAGGGUGGAGAUGUCAGAGCACAAUCAAGAGUGAUGUGUGUCCAAAGCUUCACAGGGAGACCUAUUAGUUUUGGAUAAGGCUACGGCAAACACUUCAGGGGCCUGCUCUCUUGCCAUAAACACACUUCAUGAGCUGUCACAACAUUCAUACUGAGGUGCAAAAUACAAGUGGCCGCGACUGGAAACAACUCGAAGAAAUAUGCCUCUACAAUUAUCCAACACUGUCUCCAAACAUUUCCCCCAAAUUUGGUCUGUUCUCCCUCCCACCCCUUAAGCCAGCCCUGCCUCACAAACACACACUCCCCCAUGAAACAUGCGCUCUUCCUUGGGAUACAAACACCAGCAAGCACCCUCUCGAGGGAUUUGAGGUGGUGAAGGGGAAUUUCUCUCAAAUUUUCCUUCGCGUUGGCUACCAUAAGAUUACAGAGAUUCCUGCAGGAGCACGCAACAUCAGCAUACAGGAGACGAUAAAGAGCCGAAACUACCUAGCUCUGCGGUCACAAACUGGUGUCUCCAUCAUCAAUGGAAACUGGGUGAUUGACAGGCCAGGGCUCUUUAUUGCUUUGGGAACGCAACUAGUUUACCAACGACCCAAUGAAAUCCGCUCUCGCAACGGAGAGUCUAUCACUGCACCUGGACCACUCACUGAGGACCUGCAUGUUUAUUUGAUCUACCAGCAACCAGGUCCCAGUGUAUACUAUGAAUACAGUGUGCCUUUACAAAACACACAUCCAACUCACAAGCCAGUCACACCUACUGAUAUUAUACCCUCGGUGACAGCAGUAACUACAUCCAACACAGGUGAGAAGGUCCACCAAGGUGACAACACUAACAAUGACAUCAAAGAGGGAACCCACCCUAACCAGGUUCCCUCGGACCCCAGUGUGACAUCAGUUCCUUUUACCACCUACACCUGGACAAAGAGAGGACACUCAGAGUGCAGCACAACAUGUGGCAUUGGCAGGUGGCAGAUAAUGUGGGAGUGUGUUGAGAGAGUUUCCCAGGUGACAGUUCCUGCUGACCUCUGCAACCCAACCCUCCAACCAACACACAAGGAAGAAGAAUGCAACACUCAGCCAUGUCCCCCAUACUGGGAUGUUGGGGAGUGGUCAGAGUGCAGCAGGAGGUGUGGACCUGGCAAUCAGCAGCGCCAGGUCAUCUGCCGCCAUGUCACUCAUGUUCACAGCAAUGGGACGGAGACCUCAGUUACUGUGGCACCAAAGAUGUGUGGGCUGUCUGAUAUGCCAGUAACCAAGUCUACAUGUCAGCUAAAGAUCUGUAGCCAGUGGGAGAUCCGAUCUGAGUGGAGCCCAUGUUCGGUGCCAUGUGGGGUAGGCCAGCGUAGCAGGGAGGUUGUGUGUGUGAGCAACCAGGGUGAUGUGGAGGAGGAUGAGGAGUGUAACAUGAACUUAAGGCCAGACACACUACAGAACUGUGACAUGGGAGCCUGUGCACGCAGCUGGUUCACCUCUUUUUGGAGCCAACGGUGCUCUGCAGAUUGUGGCCAAGGCAAUCAAACUCGUGCAAUAGUGUGCCUGGUAGAUCAUGUGACUGAUCUCCCAUUGGGCAGCUGUGAAGGGGAACGCCCACCAGAGGUGACAUCAUGUGACUCGGGCCCCUGUCAGGACCGCCUUGAGUGGUACACAGGACCCUGGGGUCAGUGUUCUGCAGAGUGUGGCAAUGGUACACAGACCCGGAGUGUGGCUUGUAUUUUUAACAACAACGGUGUGAAGGAGGUUGUGGACCAGUUAAAAUGUUCCAGUCUCCUUCAGCCAAUCACCACUCAGCACUGCCAUCUGAAACCAUGUGGUGUCCAGUGGUAUGUCACAGAUUGGAGCGCAUGUUCACGCUCCUGCAACAGUGGAUACAGAGUACGUGAGGUGCGUUGUCUUACAGACAACAUUACCCCAAGCGACCAGUGUGACCCAGAUUUAACUCCAGAGACUCGAGAAGAAUGCAACAAACAACCUUGUGUAGCUGAGAUCAACCCAUCAUGCAGUGACCAGUAUCAUAACUGCGUAGUGGUGGUUCAAGCUCGACUCUGCAUUUACCCUUACUACAGAAGUGUCUGCUGUGCCUCCUGCUCCCGUUCCCAGAAAUCCCUCCCCAAAUCAUUUCAAAAGAACUACAUACACAGGUGAUGAUGCCAACAAAAGGUUAAAGCACCUUGACCUUAGACUCAGUAAUAAUACAGCCCUGGGAAAAUGACAGUGAAGAGUGAUUUCAGUCAAAAGCACAACCCAGUAAUCAGUUGCCUCCUUCUGAACUCUGCCACACGCACCAGCAAAGCACUAACACUUCUGUAGGAGUGACACAUGACACCAAAGUUAACUUAAACAUUCCUAUUAGGAAUGGAAAACAGAAACAUAAAGCAGUUUUUUGAUAAGGAUUUCUUUAUGUAUAGGUUUAAAGUAUGUUUCAUUCUAAUUGUGACUUUUAACUGGACUAAUGCUAUGCUUGUAUUUAUUCUGAAUAAAGGCUGUAUUCUUCA